GUCAUCACCUUGCAAGAAAACUCUCAACCAUUGAUAUGCUAAAAUAUAACAAUUCCCAUUGCUAAGAAUGUGUGAUGAAGAUCUCCUUCUUUUUCUCUAGUCCAAGGACUUUUUUCAAGUCUCUUUCCCAAGUAUCAUUUUUCUUUCUCUUAAUUGUCAUAUUUGAAGCCACCGUCAUUAUAUCUUUUGAAUCUUAUGUUUUCGGUCACUUUCAUGAUUUUCCUGAUUUAAAAUCCAUAUACUCCAAUUCACUGUCUGUCAGUCUUACAUUAUUGCUGCUUUCUACGGUAUUCUUACUAUACAUGACACUAGAAGCCCUACAGACAAAAAACACAGUUCAGGUCGCGGCUUUGUGUUGCUUUCAUAUCGACAUUUUUCUAAUUUCAAUUAUUCAAAUUAGUCAGAUCUAUCAUAUUUACAGUUUUGCUCUUUGCAAAAAUAAUAGUGAAAAGGCAGAUCCGAUGAAAUUUUACAUAAGCGCAUUUGUUCAUCAUUAUUCGAAACUAAACUAUAUUUUAAAGCUUCCCUCAGAAGUUAAACCGUUCUUCGGCUCUUUGCCUGCCAUCAUUUGCGUUGCUGGUAUCAUCUUGAGUUAUCUCGCCUAUAAAAUCAAUCGAGAAAAUGGAUGGAUUAUAUACCAAAAGAUUGGACCCGACUUUCGUAUGCGGCGACGCUAUAUGAUGUAUCGAGUUUUUAUAACACUCAUUAAGUUUGAUUUUUAUUUUUUGCUUGGAACCUCCAUUCAAUAUACCAUGAUUAUUUCGGAAAUCAACACUUGCGAGCUUAUUCUAACCGUUCUUGUUAUUCCCCUUACCAUUGCUGUAUUAAUGUUAGCUCUAUACGGUGUUAUCCAUGAAUCACGAAUCGCCAUUUACUUUUCUGAGUUUAUGUUCUUCUUGAAUAUUGCUUAUAUUCUCUUCAAGAUAAUCCGAAUGUAUUUGCCUGCUGAAAUACAAAGGUACACUGAUUCUUGUAGAGAAAUUGUUACUGCUUUUUCUGUACUUACUUUAGUCUCGUUGCUUUCUACCAUGAUUGUUGGAUUCUCUUGUUGCAGUAACUUUUAUAAGGGUUUGAGAAACUACUUGAUAUACUUGGAGAAAAAGAAAAAGCAAGACGCAGGAUCCGCGUAUUCCCCUAAUUCUCGAAUGACGCUUGAUGAUUAAUGUUUUAUUUUCUUGGUUAUUUCUGUCGCGCUCGUUCACACAAUCGUUAUUAUUUCUUUUAUGAGGUUUAUUUAUUCGUUGCAUUUAUUUUGUUUUGUUUUGUUUUAUUUUUCUUUUUAAUCGUUUUUUUCUUUGAUUAUUUAUUCGAUAUUUAGUUUGACGUUUUAUUUUUCUUCCUUAAUAAUACAAAUUGUUAUUCUCAAAAACUAUACUUCAGCAAAAGAAUUCAAAUUCAGCGGAAUAGUGAAGGGCAGGUUUGUAGAUGGAGUAUUAUUUAGCAAUUUGACAGGUACUGCCAUAUCCACUUCUUCUUUAUUUUCGUUUUUUUCGUCGUGGAUGUCAAACUCAUCUUCCGGUUCAUCAUACUCUAUAUUUUCUUCAAGUUCCUGAAAAUCCGGAGCAAAUGCACUCCAGCUUUCUUUCUGCUCAACCGACCACAUAUGAAUGGUUCCUGUGUCCAGACCGACUGCUAUUAUACAGGGAAACACUGGAUGCCAAUCCACAUCCACAAGCUCUUCUUUUGGGCCUUCCAGAAUUUUGACAAGCGAACCCAUACCUCGUUCCCAUACAUAAAUGGCAUGAGCCAUUUGAUACGUAGUUGCUAAUACAUAUUCACCGGUAGGACUGAACGCGCAAGAGUUCCACUGUAAACGAUUUACCACAUCUUGGAACUUAUGCUCCACUUCAGGACUUUCCAAAUCUUGUAUGUUUAUUGUACGUAUUACACGAUCUGUUGAGUUCAUAAUGAGGUACCUUUUGCAAAAGCUCAAUCGCAAUUGCUUGAUAUUUUGAGACGUUAUUCGAUUAGA